CGUGAAGGACUGUGGGAAAAUAUGUUCGAUUUAAGUAAAGUUCAAAGACAAAGAGUCUUGGGGCAUAGUGAUUCUACUACACUUGAGGUGGACAAUCCUGCCCAAACGAGGUUUGCUUUCAGUAUAAAUACGGAUGGACAUAUGGUUUCCGUGCUUUUCGAA